AUGCGGUCGCUGAGCGACGAGGUCAAGUCCACCAUCGAGGAGGAGAUCAAGAAGUCCAAGGUUGUGGUCUUUAUGAAGGGCAUUCCCGAGGCGCCGCGCUGUGGCUUCUCGGCCAACGUCGUUCAGAUGCUGGAUCUGGUUGGUGCCGGUGACUUUCACGCCGUCGACGUCCUCGAGGACGACGACAUCCGCGAGGGCGUUAAGGAGUUCUCCGACUGGCCCACCAUCCCGCAGGUCUACGUCGACGGCGCCUUUAUCGGCGGGCGCGACAUCGUGUACUCGAUGUACCAGUCGGGCGAGUUGAAGACGAUGAUCGGCGGCGAAGAGACUGACGAAGAGUACGACGGCCGUGCACUGGCUGCUGCACUGGCUGCAGAGCGCAAAGCCCAUGCCGAGCUCCGCGAGUCGUCGCAGGCGCUUGUCACCUCGCUCCUGGCUCGGGUGGCGGCGGCCGAGGCUGGCGGCAGCGGGCUGGGCAGCGAUGGCUUGGUCGGCGAUGAGGCGGGUACUGGCAGGAACGAACACGAUGCGGCGGCGUUGGCCGAGCUGGUCGUGGAGCGGACGUAUCUGAAGGAUGAGGUGGUGCGGCUGCGGGCGGCGGCGCUGGCGGCGGAUGCUGAUGCAAAGCUGCUGACGGCCCAGCUGGAGGAGCGGGUUGUUGCGCUUGCACGUGAGAAGGAGGAUCUGGCGGCGGCGUCGGGCAAGGCGCUUGCCGCGGCCGCGGCCCGCAUCGCCUCCCUCGAGGCCGCCGCUGCUGUCGCUCCACCAGAGCGCACGGAUCUCCACCGCGCCGAGAACUCGAUCGACAAUCUCGAGGUUGCCCUGGCCAACGCCCUCCGCCAGCGCGACGAGGCCCGCACCACCGCUGCUGAUCUCCAUGUUGAGCUCCAGAACACGCGCGCGGCCCUGGCCGAGCAGACCGUCAUCCGCGAGCGCCUAGAGCUGGAGCGUCUGUAAUCUCACUCGCCACCCACCUGUGUGGGCUGCGCCAAGCCCAGCGAUGUCAUCCCCUCUUUACCUAUACCCCCCCUAUCAAAGUCGCACCUCAUCC